AUGGCAGUGUCACAAUUACAAUUUAAUUCUUGGGGAAUUCCCGCUAAUUUUGAUUUAUUCUAUGUAUAUAAUCCUAAGAAUAAAUAUGAUACUUCUACAUUGUCACGAACACCUUCUCGUCCUUCUCGCCCACCAAGCUCCUUUGCACUUCUUAAAAAUUGUCUUAGGUUGGAAUUUGAAUCCCAAUUCCCACAACAAAAACUAAAAAUGCCCAAUUUGUGUAGAUACGCCAAAGAAAUAUGGAAAACUAUUCCAAAGGAGGUAAAAUCUAUAUACGUUAACAUUGCAGAGGAAGCAGAAUUCAUUCAUAAUGAAAUGUAUCCGAACUGUAAUUUUAAACCUUAUAAAAGAAAAUUAUUUCCAAAUUUAACACCUUCGCUUUCCAUGAUUUCAGAUUCUAUUUUACUUUCGGCUUCAUACAUACCAUACAAACCAAGCAUGUCAAUUAUUCCUUCGAUUCAAGACAUAUAUUGUCCGCUUGAAGAAUCAAUAAUUAUUCCUUCUCUUGAGGAAUCACCAAAUAUUCUUUCACCCGAAGAAUUGUCAAUUCUUUAUUCAAAAAUUGAAUCCUCCACUAAUCCCAACAAUUUUAAUUACUUAUUGAUUGCAUAG